GAGGGGGAGACCUGACCUUCACUGACCUCCACUGGUCUCCACUGGCCCAGGUGGGGGUCACUGCCCAAGGACCAGGUGGCAGGGGGCUCCAUGGCGGUGGGCGCGCUUAGGCUCCUUCUCCUCGGCUCCGUGGUCCGGGCUGGCUGCCCCUGCCAGGGCGCCGAUGCCUGCUCUGAGGGAACAUUGGCCCCCGUGCCCCCCAACUUCCUCCAGCCCCCCAUCCUCGCCCCACGGCCGGACGACGUCCUUCCCCCUUGGGUCCGCCGGCUGCUGCCCCGAAGCCUGCAGCUCCCGGGAAAGGCCUGGGCCUGUGGGGGGCUGAGCAGAGGGCUGCCAGGGGACUGCAUCUCCCCGCCGGAGCUGAGGGGCCGGGCCCUCAGGUUCCUGGCCAGGAGCCGACCCAGGAGGGACAUUACCUCGCCCACGCCGGGACCGGUCGGAGGGAACCAGACGGCCUCCGUGCCCUCCGUGUCCCCGGCGGGGAGUAGCGGCCGGCCCUGGCCCUACCUGGUGGGCUUCGUGGGAGGGGCCGUGCUGCUCUCCCUCCUCCUGGCGCUCGCCGCCAAGUGUCACGUGUGCCGCCACCACCGUGCCAGCUAUCGCCACCGCCCGCUGCCCGACGGGGAGAAGGGGCAGGGCCGGCCCCGGCGCCCAAAGGAGGAAGAGGAUGAUGACGGCUUCAUCGAGGAUAACUACAUCGAACCGGUGGGCAGGGGAGACCCUGGGGGCAGUGAGACUCAUUUCCCUCUCUGACUCCCCGCCGUCCUCCUUCUCUUCCUGCUCUGCUGGACCUGUUGAAUGUUCAUUAAGCACUGCCAUCUACCCUGUCCUCCCCUGGCAGGAGCAGAGGCCCCCUGGGACCGCGGGCCUCGCCGGGGUCUGGCCUGGGCCUGGGGUAUUAAUACGGGAGGGGAAGAGGGCAUUAGGGGACCAGAGGAAAGAGCAGAGGGCUGAGCAUUGAGAGUACUGACCCGAAUUCUAAUCCCAGCUCUGCCACGGGCCUGCUCCGUGACCUUGGGGAAAUCACUUCCCCUCUCGGUGUCCCAGUUUCCUCAGCUGGAAAGUGGCGAAAAGGCAACGAUAAAUGUGAAAACACCUUGGAAAAUACAAGGGUGUAUGACCAA